AUGAAUACAAGAACGGAAAAUGAUGCCUUCGGCGAAAUUCAAGUGCCAGCGGACAAGUACUGGGGUGCUCAGACUCAGCGAUCUCUACAGAACUUCGUCAUCAACCAACCACGCGAUCGCAUGCCUAUCUCCAUUGUCAGAGCAUAUGGGAUCUUGAAAGGGGCUGCCGCUGCCGUCAAUGUUCGUCAUGGUGCUCUUGAUGCCAAUGUUGGAGAGGCCAUUCAAAAGGCGGCUGCAGAAGUGGCCUCAUUAAAACUAGUCGACCAUUUCCCACUCGUGGUCUGGCAGACAGGAUCUGGAACUCAAACAAACAUGAACAGCAAUGAGGUCAUAUCAAACCGAGCCAACGAACUUUUGGGUAGCAAGCUGGGCUCGAAAAGUCCCGUACAUCCAAACGAUCAUGUCAACCUCUCAGGCUCCUCGAACGACGGCUUUGCCACUGCCAUGCAUAUAGCUACGGCCCUGGACCUGAACGAGCGACUUUUACCAACGAUGGACGCGCUUCACAAAUCUCUUGUGGCCAAGUCUGAUCAGUUCAGCGAUAUCAUCAAGAUCGGCCGAACGCAUCUUCAGGACGCAGUGCCUCUGUCUCUAGGCCAGGAGUUUUCAGGUUUCGCGGCACAGAUUGAGUAUAACAUUGCACGUGUCAAGACUACCAUGACGGAAGUCUUGAAACUUGCAAUGGGUGGUACAGCAGUUGGGACUGGACUCAACGUAUACCAAGGAUUUGCCGAAGACUUUGCUGCUGAAGUCGCCCAAAUGACUGGACUUCCCUUUGUCACUGCUUCUAAUAAGAUGGAGGCAAUAUCUGCCAAUGAUGCCAUCGUGAGCGUGUCUGGUGCCCUUAACACACUUGCAUGUUCACUAUUCAAAAUCGCCCAAGACAUUCGCUUCGAAGGGAGUGGGCCUCGGUGUGGGCUUGGAGAAUUGAUCCUCCCUGAAAACGAACCUGGAUCGUCGUUCAUGCCUGGAAAGGUAAAUCCCACUCAGUGUGAGUCCCUAACCAUGAUAUGCACUCAGGUGAUUGCCAACCAUACGGGAAUUACCAUUGGAGGGAUGAAUGGACAAUUUCAGCUGAAUGCGUUCAAGCCAUUGAUGAUUCACAACAUGUGCCACUCUAUUCGGUUACUCAGUGAUGGAAUGAACAGCUUCCGGCUUAAUUUGCUGGAUUCAUUGGAAGCAGAUCGAAAACGCAUCUCAGCUCUGCUUGGACAAAGCUUGAUGCUUGUGACCUGUCUACAGCCAGUCAUUGGCUAUGAUAGUGCGUCCAAGGUUGCCAAGCUCGCUCAUAAAGAAGGGAUAACGCUUAAAGAGGCUGCAAUGAAGCUUCAAGUAAUGAGUGAAGAGGAGUAUGAUCGCCACGUACGGCCAGAAAAUAUGAUUGCACCUCAUGUCCGCCCUUCUUGAGCGAGUGCCUAAUG